AUGGCCUCCUUCAUCACCAAGGGCAUUGCUUCGCUGGUCCUGGGCGCUGCUGUCGCUCAAGCCCAGCUAUGGGACCAAGUCAUUGAGACCUCAUACGGUCCAGUUCAGGGUUUCCAGUACUUUAACCAGUCGACCCUCGAGAGACACUUCGAUAUCUCUGAAUCCAAUGUGACGGCAUUCUUGGGUGUUCCCUUCGCUGCCGACACUGGUUACCAAAACCGGUGGAAGGCACCUCAGCCUCGCGAGCGCUGGAACAAGACUCUUCAGGCCACCGACUUUGGCCCUGCCUGCCCCAGCAAGGAUGCCUCUGACAUCAGUGAAGAUUGUCUUAAUCUCAAUAUUUGGACCAACGCUGGCUCCAAGGAUGCGAAGCUGCCCGUGAUGGUGUGGAACCAGGGUUCUGAUGAGACCAGCGAUAAUACCUGGUGGUACGGUGGAGGCAUGGCCCUGAAGGAUGUUAUUCUCAUUACCUUCAACCGCCGUGACGAUGCAUUCGGUUUCCUCGCCCACCCAGAGCUCAAUGCCGAGGGAUAUGAGGCUACUGGUCACCACACCUCCGGUAAUUACGGUGUUCUGGAUCAACUAGAGGUUCUCAAAUGGGUGCAGAUGAACAUUGCCCGCUUCGGUGGUGACCCGGACCGCGUCACUGUUGCUGGACAGUCGUUUGGCUCUUCUCAGGUCUACCAUGCCGUCAACAGUCCUCUUUUCAAGGGCUACUUCCACGGCGGUAUCUCCGAGUCUGGCAUCAGAUAUCCCUACGAUACCCUUCUAGCCGGCCUUGCAACCUCUUACGUCAACAUGUCCACCGCUAUCGAGCACGGCGUGAACUACACCAACUUCCACAACGUCUCCAGCAUCGCCGAACUGCGCACCUUGUCCAUGGAUGAUCUGCUCAUCGGCUCCCAGGACCGUGUUGGCAACGAGUCGAUCUGGUGGGUGACCGCUCUCUCCGCGCAAUACCCAUUGAUCUUCAAGCCCGUUCUGGACGGUUACGUGCUGCCUGAGAAAUAUAUCGAGACCUUGAUGAACGGACCAGCCAACGAUGUUCCCGUUAUCACUGGUAACACCAAGGAUGAGUCUGGUGCCUCACCGUCAACUGACUAUACCGUCGCCGAGUACGAGUACUACUGCACGCUCAAGUAUGGCAAUCUCUCCAGCCGAUACUUCCAGCAGUACCCAGCCCACAACAACCAAACCAUCGCCAACCAGGCUUGGAAUGCCGCCGCUCGUGAUACCUCGCUGAUCGGUUCCUGGGCAUACGCUACCGAUUGGUACAAGGCUGCAUCUGCCGAUUUCUACACUUACUAUUGGACCCACGCUCCUCCGGGCCAGAGCAUGGGUGCGUUCCAUCAGUCGGAGAUCAUGUACGCACUCAACGCUCUGUACGCCAAUGCUGGCGACUACCCCUUCACUUCCGUAGACUAUGAAAUCCAGAAGAAGAUGUCGGCGUACUGGGCCAACUUUGCCAAGACGCUGAAUCCCAACCAUGGUGGUUCCUAUACCGGCAAGGGCUCGCUGCCUCACUGGAGCCCCAACAGUGCCAAAGGUACGCAGAAGGUUAUGGAGCUUGGAAACUCCUUCGGAAAUGUUCCCAUUGCGAAGCCGGAGCAGGUGAAGCUUAUCAUGGAUUACUUCCAUCAGCAGACUCCUUAUUAA